GACCGAACCUUAGAUAAGCUGGGAGGGGGAGCGGGUGAAGGAGCGAGUAAACUGGGAUGAAGUGGAUGAAAGUGUAGGUAAGGGGCGGGGGAUGCAGCUCAGCGCCACAGGCGCCUGCCUGCCAAGCGCAAGGUCCUGAGUUCCGUUCCCGUACCAAAAAAAAAAAAAAAAAAAAAAGUGUAGGUAAGCUUGGGGCGAAGUUCGGCGAGGGUUAAAUGUAGAAGAGGGGCUGUUUAGAAGGUCCAGGGCCUCCCUGUAGAGACAGGGUUUGGGUGAAUUGGGGGGUUGGCUGCCGUGGCUUCGCCGGGCCGGGCUGGCAUUGGAGUUCCUGCUGGGGACCCAGGAUUUUGUGAGAGUUGAAUAAUCCCAGUACUUGGGAGGCUGAGGCUGGAGGAUCUCCACGAGUUUAAAGCCAGCCUGAACUACGCUGUAUGUCAAGACCCUGUCUCAAUAAUAACAGCAAAAAGACUUCGAGAACUCAGGCUUACAAAGUUAGGACUUGAGAUUUGGUGAUGGGGAGGGGCACUAAAAGGCAAAUUUGGGGGUCAGAGCAGUCUGUCCCCUGGGGUGGGGAAGGCCGCGGAAGAAUCAGCGUGGUGCGAGAGUUGAGCUCGGUAGCACGGCAGGCGAGGCAGGUGCCAUGGCCUUGAUUGAAGGGGUGGGGGAUGAGGUGACCGUGCUCUUCGCGGUGCUCACCUGCCUUCUGGUGCUGGCCCUCGCCUGGGUCUCAACACACACCUCCGAGGGCGCCGAUCCCCCGCCCCAGCCCCAGCCGGCACGGACUGCAGCGCCAGCGCGGCCCAGCGAGCCCAUGGCAGACCUGGACAGCAUCAGAGGCGAGGCACCUGCGGCUGAAACCCCCAGCCUGCGACACAGAGGCCAGGCUGCACAGCCGGAACCCGGCGGCGCCGGAGUGACAGCAGCGCCAGCAGCAGCCGCGGACCCGCCCCAGGAGCCCCUGGUGCUCCGCCUGAAAUUCCUCAAUGACUCCGAGCAGGUGGCCAGGGCCUGGCCCCACGACACCAUCGGCUCCCUGAAGAGGACCCAGUUUCCCGGCCGGGAGCAGCAGGUGCGGCUCAUCUACCAAGGCCAGCUGCUCGGAGACGACGCGCAGACCCUGGGCAGCCUUCACCUGCCCCCCAACUGCGUGCUGCACUGCCACGUGUCCGCCAGGGCCGGCCCCCCUCGCCCCCCCUGCCCCCCGGGGUCCGAGCCGGGCCCCUCCGGGCUGGAGAUCGGCAGCCUGCUGCUGCCCCUGCUGCUGCUGCUGCUGCUGCUGCUCUGGUACUGCCAGAUCCAGUACCGGCCCUUCUUCCCGCUGACCGCCACGCUGGGCCUGGCGGGCUUCACCCUGCUGCUCAGCCUCCUGGCCUUCGCCAUGUACCGGCCGUAGCGCCUCCGCGGGCCCUGGGCGGCGGGGCCGGCCCGUCCGGACCUCGCUCCCCGCAGCACGGCGGGCG